AUGGUUGAAGGAGGAAUUACACGUGCGGAUAAGACCGAGUUCACCGAAUGCUGGAGGACAUCAUGGCAGACACCUUAUAUCAUGAGGCUCGCUUUGUCGGCAGGCAUCGGUGGCCUGCUUUUCGGAUACGACACAGGUGUUAUUUCUGGUGCUCUUUUGUACAUAAAAGAGGAUUUCGAGUCUGUUGAUAAAAAAACAUGGCUACAGGAAACAAUCGUGAGCAUGGCUGUUGCGGGUGCCAUAGUGGGUGCAGCUGUGGGUGGAUGGAUCAAUGACAAGUUCGGGAGAAGAAUAUCGAUCUUGAUUGCCGAUGUUCUCUUCUUUGUUGGUGCUAUUAUCAUGGCUGCUGCACCAGCACCAUGGAUGAUCAUCCUUGGUAGAAUUUUCGUCGGCUUGGGAGUUGGAAUGGCCUCCAUGACUUCUCCUCUCUAUAUAUCCGAAGCUUCUCCACACAGGAUUAGGGGUGCACUUGUGAGCACCAAUGGUCUCCUCAUCACAGGAGGCCAGUUCCUUUCCUACCUCAUCAACCUCGCAUUCACUCACGUCAAUGGCACAUGGCGUUGGAUGCUUGGAAUUGCUGGUCUUCCGGCCCUUGUUCAGUUCAUCUUGAUGUUGUCGCUCCCUGAGUCUCCAAGAUGGCUCUACCGAAACGGCAAAGAGGACGAGGCAAGGUCUAUCCUCGAGAAAAUCUACCCAGCCGAGGAGGUCGAGGUCGAGGUCCAGUCCCUGCAUGAAUCGGUGGAGCAAGAGAAGCGUGAAGGGGCAAAUGAGACGGGUUUCUUCGGUCAGUUCGGGAGUGCGUGGAAGAAUGACGUUGUGCGACGUGCCCUUUACGCGGGCAUCACAGUCCAGGUGGCCCAACAGUUUGUGGGCAUCAACACCGUUAUGUACUACAGCCCAACCAUCAUGCAGUUUGCCGGUUUUGCAUCCAACAAAACGGCAAUGGCUCUCUCUCUUGUCACCUCCGGCCUUAACGCCCUCGGCACAGUUGUCAGCAUGUGCUUUGUCGACCGGUAUGGAAGGAGGCGGCUCAUGAUCAUCUCCAUGAUUGGGAUAAUCUCCUGCUUAGUCGUGCUCUCUGCUGUAUUCUACCGCUCGUCUGUGACGGCCCCAGGGAUCAGCCCUGCUGAAACCGUGUCUUUUGGCGGGAACUCGACUUGCCAGGCGUACACGAAUGCCCCUGAUGCCUCGUCCUGGGGCUGCAUGAGGUGCCUGCAGGAAACCAACUGCGGUUACUGCUCGGCCUCGGGCAACAUUUACCAACCGGGGGCAUGCCUGGCACUGGAUAAUGCAGUGAGAGGGACAUGUCGGGCGGAAAAAAGAACAUGGUACACGGAAGGCUGCCCGAGCAGGAUCGGGUUUCUGGCAGUGGUCUUCCUCGGACUGUACAUCAUCAUGUACGCUCCUGGCAUGGGUACUGCCCCAUGGAUAGUCAACUCUGAGAUAUAUCCACUCAAGUACAGAGGACUCGGUGGAGGGAUUGCAGCAGUGUCUAACUGGAGUUCGAAUCUGAUAGUCAGCGAGACAUUCUUGACACUCACUGAGCACUUGGGCUCUUCCGGAACAUUCCUCUUGUUCGCAGGCUUCUCAUUCGUCGGGCUCGUCGCUAUCUUCUUCCUUGUGCCAGAAACCAAAGGGCUGCAGUUUUCGGAGGUGGAGAAGAUGUUGGAGAAAGGUUACUCUCCUUUCAAGAAGAGUGAGAAAGAAUCCAAAGAUGGUGACAACCACUAA